ACCUGAAUGGGCUGCGGUGGUUAGAGGGUUUCCAACACAGCUAUUGGAAGGCCUUUAAAGGUAAUGCUGUGUGAUACAUGCAGCCAGGAAGGGGUUGGCCCCUCAAAACUCUGAAAUCCUCUGGCCCAGCUUUCUUUUUCCUCUCCCUGUUGAUGGCACUAGGCCCAGUGGUGGUACGGCUUUGGGUUUCUCUCGGUCUCAAGGUCUCAGUCAGGGUGGAAGAAGUGGAAAAAACAGGUCUUUUUCCAGACCACUUGUUGGUUGGCAGCCUUUGCCAUAGCUAAUCUGGUUUAUUUUCAGGUCAGGGACAGUCGCUUUUAGGAGCAGAUUCGUUGGCUUUCAAAAUCCAUCUCUUCGUUCCUCUCAGCGUUCUUUGUCCCAAAGGACUUUGCCCUUCCUUUCGCAGCGGAGACCUUGGCACCCUCUGCAAACAGACAGUCCCGCAGAGGCCCGUGACGAGUGUCGCUCCGUCUGUCUCGCGCCCUCAGGAGGGGUCUAGCAGAAAGCAGUGCCCCACGCGUUCAUGCGAGGGUGAAGCAGGAACCAGGGGCCGACAGCUGAGCAGCCCAGGUGCGUCGCCUUAGGGACGGAGCUGGCAAGUGCCGUGCCGGGGCUGCCAUAGCCGAGCCGGGAACGGUAUUUGCCCGAGUCGAGGCGGAAGCCGGAGCAUUUGGGGGACAGGACCGCGGGAACCCGGAAACGCCUGGGUUGCACAGAGCUGGCGGCUGCUACAGCUAAGCCAACGGGAGCCGGCGGCGCUGCAGGUCAGCGGUCGCGUUGGACCCAGCGGGCUCGGCAGUCUGGGGCCUCCGGCGGAGCUGAACCGCGGCUCCCGGUGGUGGGCUCAGCCGGCGGAGCUGCGCGGGAGGCAAAUGAAGAUAAAACAAUGUCCACCAACCUAAAAUACCUUUCCUUGGGAAUUUUGGUCUUUCAGACUACCAGUUUGGUUCUAACAAUGCGUUAUUCUAGAACUUUAAAAGAGGAAGGACCUCGUUAUCUAUCUUCUACAGCAGUGGUUGUUGCUGAACUUUUGAAGAUAAUGGCCUGCAUUUUAUUGGUCUACAAAGACAGCAAAUGUAGCCUAAGAGCACUGAAUCGAGUACUACAUGAUGAAAUUCUUAAUAAACCUAUGGAAACACUUAAACUUGCUAUUCCAUCAGGGAUAUAUACUCUUCAGAAUAAUUUACUGUAUGUGGCACUAUCAAAUCUAGAUGCAGCUACUUAUCAGGUCACAUAUCAGUUGAAAAUUCUUACAACAGCAUUAUUUUCUGUGUCUAUGCUUAGUAAAAAAUUGGGUGUAUACCAGUGGCUCUCUCUAGUAAUUUUGAUGACAGGAGUUGCUUUUGUACAGUGGCCCUCAGAUUCUCAACUUGAUUCUAAGGAACUUUCAGCUGGCUCUCAAUUUGUAGGGCUCAUGGCAGUUCUCACAGCAUGUUUUUCAAGUGGCUUUGCUGGGGUUUACUUUGAGAAAAUCUUAAAAGAAACAAAACAAUCGGUGUGGAUAAGAAACAUUCAGCUUGGUUUCUUUGGAAGUAUAUUUGGAUUAAUGGGUGUAUACAUUUAUGAUGGAGAACUGGUAUCAAAGAAUGGAUUUUUUCAGGGAUAUAAUCAACUGACCUGGAUAGUAGUUGUUCUUCAGGCACUUGGAGGCCUUGUAAUAGCUGCUGUUAUUAAGUAUGCAGAUAAUAUUUUAAAAGGAUUUGCAACCUCUUUAUCUAUAAUAUUAUCAACACUGAUCUCCUAUUUUUGGCUUCAAGAUUUUGUGCCAACCAGUGUCUUUUUCCUUGGAGCCAUCCUUGUAAUAACAGCUACUUUCUUAUAUGGUUAUGAUCCCAAACCUGCAGGAAAUCCCACUAAAGCUUAGUUGUAUACUAUCUUUAACUGGUUUUUCACGAUGGUCCACUAGGAAUCUCGACAUUAAUCUUGCACAGAGGACUUCUACAGAGUCUGUGAAGAUAUCAUCAUGCUGAAUCUGAUCAUAUUGUUUAAAUGGUUAAAAAUAUAAAAGUUUAAGGAUAAAAUAUGUGUAUAUGUAACAAAACACAUUGCAUCUAGAAAUCAAAACUUGAGAGUAUUUCCAGGGAUUAGAAUUAGAAGGAAUAUUAGAGGAAACUUGAAAUCUGAGUUUAAAAAGAUUUUACCUUUUUGAUUGCUGCAGAAAUGUUCUAUGCACUCUUUGCAAGAGCACACAACAAAUGUCAAAUAUCAAUUUUUUGCAAAUUAGAUUUAAUCUUAUUAAAUGUUUUUAUCUUACUCUUUCUGUACAGCUAUAUCAAAUCACAUGAAAUAUUCAAAGUUUGAAAAUUAUAAUUACCUAUAAAGCUGUGAAAAAAAGAAGUAUAAUUUAAAAAAACAUUUCACUUAUCAGAGAUUUUUAUAUUUAUACAAAAGAUUACUAAAUGAAGGAUUGCUAAAUGGUUUUUGUUCAGUUACCUAAAUAUUAAUAAAGUACUAUUCUGGGUAUGAUUUGUCAGAGAAUAAAUAUUAUAUCUAGAUUUAAUGUAGAGAUACACACUAUUUCUCCAUAUGAAUUUUAAGAUACUUUAGUGCUUCAAUACUGCUGAAAGCAAUCCAGUUGCUCCUGUGCUAAAUAGUAGCCAGUGAAUUUCAUAGUAAUGGAGGUUAGCCUUUAAUCUCUUAAUUGCAUUUUAUUUCUGUAAAUCAGUUAAAUCCUUAAUUUUAUUUUAAAUUAAAAUUUGUGUGUAAUUGCCAUUAAAUUUUCAAAAUGUAAUUUAAAAGGAUUUAAUAAUUUAAAAUAAUUAUUGUGUAAUAUCUACAUUAGAAUUUUGAACUAUCAAGCAUAUAUUGUAUACAGUUAGAAAGUUAUUAAAUGAACCUUUUACUCACUGAUCUGUAAAAACUUCUUUAAUCUACAACUAUUGACAAAAACAACACUCAAACAAAUAUAAUAGUACAGAUGUCAGAGACUGAGACCAAAUGACUUUUCUUGGAGACAUUCCAGAUUGCCAUAUUACAUUAUUUUAAACAGCACUAUAAUUUUAAAUUCAAGCCUGCUCAGAAGAGCUUUUUAGGUCUCUCAUAAACCUACUGUUCCCAGGAAUACUCUCAUCACAUGACUGGGAGAGGUAGCCAAAUUUUAAUUCCCUUUCUGUGUUCCCACAAAAGCUGCUGAGAAGGAGCCACCAUUUUGCUUUAAAAUAGUGUUUUUUUUUUUUUUUUUUCCUUUUUAACACUGGAG